AUGGCAAGCCUUUACCAGAUUAGCAUCAAUCCGAAUCGACACGUCGCGAGAUGCGUUCUAUGUGGGUGCAACACAGCGUUACCGUAUCCCACAUGGGUUGAUAUUGUCAGAGUCAUCUAUUCAAAGAAAGGAGUCGCGAGAAUCUCUGGCUUGACCUCCAGAUAUCACCCGUCUGCCCUAAAAGAACCAGCUGAUAGGAGAGUUCACUGGGGAGAGAAUGCUCCCUUGCACGGGAUAGAUCUCGCUUUGACCAUCCACGAAAGUUGCUGGCAAUAUCUACAAAGACAUAUUGGGGAGGACAACGUUAACUUGGACAGACUUUGGGAGAUAUUUGCGAGCAUGCCACACCCUAGAGAGCUCAAGCAUUAUGAUCAAUGCGACCCAGCCCACAGCUUACCCAACUUGAGGCACUGGCUCAAGGGUGCGGAUGAAUGUCCUAUGCCAUCUGCCAAUUCGGCUAAUUGCAGGAAACUCCGGAAAAGGAGUACCGAUACUAGCGACUGCUUUGCAAACCUUCCUUUUGAGCUCCGCGAGAGCAUUGCAGUGCUGCUUCCCACUCGCGACUACGUUAGUCUUCGACAGGCGUCGCGCGCUAUGCUACCGAUAUUCCACGACAAUAUUUUUUGGAAAUCACGAUUCUGGCAAGACGGAGAGCGCGGCUUUUUCGAGGACUCGACCCUGGAUCUUGCCAGCGCCUCGGUCGUCAACUGGCGCCUUGCGUACCGGAUGUCGUCAAAGCACGAAGUCGCAACUGAAAUGGGCAUCAAACUAUGGGAAAUCAGCCGCUGGAUCCAAGAAACUCUCUUCACAAAGACAGGAUCAAGCCCGCCUCCACUGGAUUACGCCGGCAGGGCGUUGCAGGAUUAUCACAACGAUAGCUGUUUGGCCGGGAGACGGAUCGAAAGAGCUGAAAUUUUGCCAUCGCUGGUCAAGAUUGGGAUAACGUUUGCUUCCAGCGAAGGGUUCUACCACAUUAUUGGGCCGGUGACAGACAUCCUUUCGUUGGAGUUUGUACAUGACAACGGCCGCAGCACAAUUCUAGGAACGAAAUACCCCAAAGCGAAGAGAAGGAGCCCAAGAACCAUCAAGAAGGAGCUGGAAAGUUACGAGAAUGAAAACACGUCCAAGCCAUCUCCAUUCGAUGGCCAUGGUGUCCGGGUAUUUUUCGAUGCGCAAUUGUUCUCGGGUUUUAGGUUCCUAUAUAAUCGAGAUGGCAUAUAUAGAAUGGGCGUACUACAGAAGUACACGGAAGCUUCAUUGGGACUUAUUGGCAUCCAACCACUAGGUUGCGAUUAUCUUGACUUGUGCAUGAAUGAGGUGGCACAGGUGGUUGCUACUUUCGAGGGUCGUAGAUUGGUAGAUCUAGGGCUAAGGGGACGCCGGAAUAUGGCAGCGUGA